UACGUAAACACUUGAACAAAAAAAUAUUUUUAAAUCUUAUCAAAUUCUGCAAAUAUAAUUGAUUUAUAAGCAAAUACUUAGCCAAAACUUUGGUAUUGAUUAAAAAAGCUUUACGAUGAAAUAUAGGGAAUUGGCUCUGGUUCUUGGUCUAGCAGCGUUUUGCUUGGCUGAUGACUUAACCUUAUCCAUUUCCGAAGGACAAGUCAAGGGUACCAAGAAAUGGACUUACGCCGGUAACUCGUACUACGCGUUUUAUUCUAUUCGCUAUGCUAAACCUCCCACUGGCUCACUCAGAUUUCAGGCACCUGUAGCAGUUGAUCCAUGGAGCGACGUCUACGAUGCCACCACUGAAGGAAAUAUUUGCUAUCAAGUAAAUGUUGAUUCGGCCGAUGAAAGUGAGGAUUGUCUUAGCUUAAGUGUCUACACACCAAAGAAUCCAAGUGAACUUUCCAGUAAACUUCCAGUUUUGUUUAAUAUCCACGGUGGUGGUUUUAACUGGGGUUCAGGCCAGACCAAAGGAUCUACUGGAGGCCUCGAUCCAGGAUACUUUAUGGAUACUCAAAAAGUUAUAGUGGUCAGCAUUAACUACAGACUGGGACCAUUUGGUUUCUUCUCUACUGGCGAUACCGUUAUCCCUGGAAAUGCUGGACUUAAAGACCAAAGAUUGGCAUUAAAAUGGGUUCAGAAAAAUAUUGCCAACUUUGGAGGAGAUCCGAGUAAAGUAACCAUAUUUGGUGAGUCUGCUGGUGGUGCAUCGGUUGGCUACCAAAUCUUAAGCAAAUCCUCUCAAGGCUUAUUUAGAGGAGGCAUUCUAUCUUCUGGUACAGCUUUAUGCCCAUGGGCCUAUCAAAGGAAUCAAACAGAAAUCACUUUUAAGACGGCGAGCUUUAUAAAUUCCGAAUUUAAUUAUAACAGGGACUCCGCAACGUUGUUUAAUUAUUUACAAAAUGUUGAUGCUAAAUUGAUUGAUACAGCAUCCAAAAGCUAUAGUGACUGGGCCCAAUCCUACUCGGACACAGGUCUAAAUGGUGUAAUAAAUGGUCAGCUACAGCAAGGCUUUUUCUAUGCCCCUGUAGUUGAAGUAGAAACGGCAGACGCGUUCUUAACCGAAAAACCGUAUCAAAUCUUGGAAAGUGGUAACUUUAAUCAAGUCCCUAUUUUGAUUGGCACUUGCGCAGAUGAGGGACUGAUGAGCUACAAUCAAUACACUCAAUGGACUUUGUCCAUAUACGAUCAGGACAAUACAAUCCUAGUGCCACAAGGAAUGCACAUACAAGACCAAGCCACUAAAAUGGUAGUGGGCAACGCAAUAAAAUCUCAAUAUUCCCCUUAUAGUGAUUUGCAAUACAAUAUACUAGCGGGAAUUCAGUACUUCAGUGAACAAGACUUCCAAAAAUCUUUAAUAAGGCACGCAGAGAUGCAAUCGAAAUAUGCCGAUGUCUACUUUUAUAAAUUUUCUUACUCGGGACAGAUGGGUGGAAACACCAAUACAUACCCAGGUACUAGUAAUGUAACUCAUACAGAAGAAAUGGGUUAUAUUUGGCAAAGGGGCAGCGCUUCCAGCUACCCACAAGCUGAUCAAAAUGUGCAUCAGCGGUUCAUGCAAAUAUGGACCAAUUUUGUUAUUUAUCAAAAUCCUACCCCCACUCAAGAGGCAGUUCUACAAAACAUCGUUUGGCAAAAACUUACCGAAAAUAAUUUGCAAUAUGUCGAUAUCGGUGCCGACCUAGCAUUAUCACAGAACCCCAUUGAAAGAUACGCUUUUUGGAAGCAUUUAAUUUUGACAAAAUAUGGCGUGCCACCAUACGAGACUUUUUAAACAUGAAAUAAAGAUUUUUUAAUUGUUAGA